CAGCUGAUCAAAUGGAGCACCUUCACACCAGACAGACGGUCAUCGGUUAAAGCCGGGCCUGCGAUCGGUGGACGCGUGACUGAUAUAGGGAAGGGCAAGUGGAGAGAGAAGCGUGCGCAAGGACAGACGGAAGGUGUCGUGGAAGUCGUUUGAAAAUCUAUGAAGUUUAAAUGGAUGUCAGCACUUGAGGUGAAGGUUUUAAAGAUCUCUGGACACUGAAUCGAGAGUGAGCAGAAAGACCAAAAGAAGACUCCUGGCUAGGUAUCAAGUUCACCUGCAGCGCAUCUGGACAAGAUGUCACCUGUGGGACCAUAGUUGGGGGGGAAAAAAAGUUUUGUUUUUGCCUCAAGCAAUAUACCUCCCCUAUCACUGACUGACUGCUCUGUCGCCUAAUCGCUGAUCCCAUCAGCUCUUCCCCUCUGAACCACCUCCAAUCCAAAACAAUGGCUACUUAUAGCCCCGCCCCCAGACAAGACUCACUCUGCGAGGCGAGCAAUGGCGGCACAUCCCUCAAAUCGGCAGGCUCCAACGAAUCCAUGAAGCUGAAGAAGGAGAUCUCGCUCCUGAACGGCGUCUGCCUCAUCGUGGGCAACAUGAUCGGCUCGGGGAUCUUCGUCUCCCCCAAAGGAGUGCUGAUCUACAGCGCCUCCUACGGGCUGUCGCUGGUAGUGUGGACCAUCGGGGGCCUCUUCUCCGUGUUCGGGGCCCUGUGCUACGCCGAGCUGGGCACCACCAUCACCAAGUCUGGGGCCAGUUACGCCUACAUCCUGGAGGCCUUCGGGGGCUUCAUGGCCUUCAUCAGGCUGUGGACGUCGCUGCUCAUCAUAGAACCAACCAGCCAGGCGGUUAUAGCCAUCACGUUCUCAAACUACAUGGUGCAGCCCAUCUUCCCCACCUGCAUAGCUCCCUAUGCAGCCAAUCGUCUGCUGGCUGCAGCCUGCAUCUGUUUGCUGACCUUUGUGAAUUGUGCCUAUGUGAAGUGGGGGACCAGAGUCCAAGACUUCUUCACCUAUGCCAAAGUCAUAGCCCUCAUCGCUGUCAUCAUCACAGGCCUGGUCAAGAUAGGACAAGGUCAUACCAAGAACUUUGAGGGUCUGUUUGAGGGCUCGUCCACAGACCCUGGGAACAUCGCUCUGGCUCUGUACUCUGCACUGUUCUCCUACUCUGGCUGGGACACCCUCAACUUUGUCACAGAGGAGAUCAAGAACCCUGAGAGGAACCUGCCCAUGGCCAUUGCAAUCUCCAUGCCCAUCGUAACUGUGAUAUACAUCCUGACCAACGUGGCAUACUACGCUAUCUUGCCCAUGCAAGCCAUUUUAGACAGCGAUGCCGUGGCUGUGACAUUCGCAGACCAGGUGUUUGGAGUGAUGAACUGGACGAUCCCGCUGGCUGUGGCUCUCUCCUGCUUCGGAGGACUCAACGCCUCCAUCCUGGCCGCCUCCAGGCUGUUCUUCGUGGGCUCAAGAGAGGGUCACCUGCCCGACUACCUGUGCAUGAUCCACGUCACCCGCUACACACCCAUCCCAGCCCUACUCUUCAAUGGUGCCAUGGCCCUGGUCUACCUGUGUGUGGAGGACAUUUUCAGACUCAUUAACUACUACAGCUUCAGCUACUGGUUCUUUGUGGGCUUGUCCAUUCUGGGCCAACUUUACCUGCGCUGGAAACAACCUGACAGAGUGAGACCACUCAAGCUCAGUCUGUUCUUCCCCAUCGUCUUCUGUCUCCUCACCGUCUUCCUGGUGGUGGUCCCGCUCUACAGUGACACUGUCAACUCCCUGAUUGGCAUCGGCAUCGCCCUAUCAGGGGUGCCCGUCUACUUCCUGUGUGUCUACACUCCCGCCCACAAAAGGCCCAUGUGGAUUCGCAAGAAUAUUGCCUCCUUCGGUCUUCUGAUUCAGAAAGUGUGUUACUCUGUUCUGACUGAGAUGGACACCGAUGACAAGGCAGAUUAGAGACCCUCAAACCAACAUCUCACUGACUGAAAACGCACAAAAUCAGAGGCUCAACCAUUCCCAGGUGGCCAGAUUCUUCCACUGAGUGGUCAAGAACAGGGUGCUCAUGUCAGCAAGAGAAAUCGUUCGCUGGACCAAGCCCUGGCUAACCAAUCGUGGACAUGAUCAUGUACUGAAUAGACAAUGGAGUCCUGCCAUGGCCACGAUGACACAAAAGCAGACAUCACAGAAUAUUCUUUACAUUCCACAAGAAUAAAUUAAGCAUUCCUCUAUUUGAGAUAUAUGUCGUUUUAACUGAACAAUGAGGUAGAUCUCUCAAUUGAUUGUUCAGUUUGUAAUUGAAAUGUAUGAAGUUAAAUGAUAAUUCUAAGUAUUUUUGAAGGGCAAGUAAUUACGUAGGAUAAAUUCUAUUUUCUGAGGAAUGGAGAACAUCUUUAAAAACUGUAAGCACUGAUGACCAGAGAAAAUUUCUUUAGUAUCUCCUGUCGUGAAAGACCAAAAGGACCAAGGGUAUAAGACACUCAUGGCACAUACCUCUCAUAUCUUCUGCCAAAGUAACGAUCUUAGUGAAAGGCUUUUUUUAGUAUUCUUUUUUUUCUUUUUUCUACAUCCCCAAACCUGAGGUGGAUGUUAAUUGACCUCACAAAUGGCAAAGUGAAGACUUUAUAAAUGUAUUUAUAAAAAACACUCAUGGA